GGAAGAAGAGGAAAAGCCCCGCCUCUCCCUCUGGGGCUUCUGAUUUCGUCGCGGUUAGCUCGUCAGUUCCGCGGCGUCGCGCUUAUUGUGUGUGUCAUUUCCUGGCGGCGCAGAACGGAGUGGACAACGGCCUGCAGAGCAACAUGCCCAAGUUUUAUUGUGACUACUGCGAUACAUACCUCACCCAUGACUCUCGGCUGCAUUUCAACAAGGAAAGAUACCUCCUACUCCAUUUUCUGCUCCUCCUCCUGCAGGGGCAAUGAUCCCACCUCCUCCCAGUCUCCCGGGGCCUCCUCGCCCUGGUAUGAUGCCAGCACCCCAUAUGGGGGGCCCUCCCAUGAUGCCAAUGAUGGGCCCUCCUCCUCCUGGGAUGAUGCCAGUGGGACCUGCUCCUGGAAUGAGGCCACCCAUGGGAGGCCACAUGCCAAUGAUGCCUGGUCCUCCAAUGAUGAGACCUCCUGCCCGUCCCAUGAUGGUGCCCACUCGGCCAGGAAUGACACGACCAGACAGAUAAGAAUAGAGAGGAGGCUUCUUUAUAUCAGUUUUAUGUUACUUGUUGUACUUCAUCAGGAGAUCACGGUGCUGUGACUAUGGGUGUUCUCUAACAGCAUGGCACGGAAGACUUGCUCCCUUUUCCUAUUAAAGAGAGAAUAGUUUUGGAGGGGAGAAGUGGGACAAAAAAUGUGCAGUUUUCAUUUGUGUUGUGAAAUGUGAAAAUAAAAUUGUAAACACUUUUAGUUAAAA